GACCGGGCCUUAUGUAUUUCCACCAUGCACGCGCGAGCCCGCGAGCGCGUGCGACGCGAGGGUGGCCGUUUCCGCGUUCUCUUGCUCCGCGGCGCAGGCCAGCCCGUGGGAUUCAAAUGCGCGUCGGUAGGAAUAAUCGCGUGGAACACGACGCGCGAGUGGGCGUGUGCGACCGAUUAGGUGGUCCGCUGUCACGUAUGCGGCCCCGCAGACGACGAAAGCCGCGCGGCGAUAUAUGCUGCCGAUGAGGGGGAAGUCAACGAACUCUGCCUCGCGGAUAAUGUGAUUCUACGACAAUACUUCUGCCCUCCAAUUGUAUUUUUAUACCGUCGAGAUGCACUUUUCUAUACCGGACACUCAGGAAUUCACGGACGGGGCUGGGAAUGCAUAUAUCGGAUACAAUAUUUACAUUAACGGGUCAUUUCACUGCACCGCGAGAUACAAGCAGCUGCACAAUCUGCACGUACAACUGUCGAAGGAUCUCGACGUGUUACCAAUAUUCCCUCCAAAGAAGCUCUUCCCCCUGACCGUCGCCCAGCAGGAGGAACGGCGACUGGCCCUGGAGAAGUACAUUCAGUCCAUCGGUCAAAACGUGGCCUUAAAUAACUCGGAGAUACUAAAUGGAUUUCUAUUGAACGCCCAGCAAGAGACUGCCUGCGCGGACGGCCUGUCCGAGCACGAGACUCUGGAUAUAUUUCUCAUGAACGGAUCCAGAGUCCCGUUGAGCGUCUCGCCGGGAGAGCACUCUGGCCGGGUUCUAGAGAAAGUAUACAAGCACAUAAAGUUGGCAGAGAAAUAUUAUUUCCAUUUUGCGCUAUUUAUUAUUAUGCAAGACGAGCUCUCCGGUAGCGUCAAGAUACUGCGGAAACUGCAAGAGUUCGAAUCGCCGUUUAUAACGCACAAAUACGUGGGUUCUGCGGGUGCGCGGAUCGUUCUCAGAAAGAAUUACUGGGACGCGACGUACGACGUGGAGCUGUUGAGCGAUCCGGUGACGCUGAAUUUACUGUACAUUCAGGCGGCUGCGGAAGUUCGCAGCGGCUGGAUUCCGGUUACGAAGGAAGUGCAGCAUCAAUUGGAGAGCCUGGAAAAGUCCGGGAGCAGAAGAGAGUACCUGAAUAUAGCUCGCUACUUGAAAUACUAUGGCUACAUGCAGUUCGCGCCGUGCUACUGCGAUUAUCCCGAACGUAGCUCGAGAGUGUUGCUCGCCAUAGGCGGAAAUGAAUUGAAUUUGCGCGUAUUGUCGCCCGAGGAGCACGAAGUCGUGUUCAAAGUGUCGCGAAUGCGAUGCUGGCGUAUCACUACGAUGCAAAGUGAAACGAACCGUCAUGAGGAUAAUGAGUGCAGUUUGGAGUUAUCCUUCGAAUAUCUAAUUGCCAGGAAUGAGUUACAAUGGAUUACGAUUGCGUCCGAGCAAGCAAUUUUAAUGUCCGUUUGUCUGCAAGCCAUGAUUGACGAGUUGUUGCAAAAAAGGGUAGUGGGGAGCAAAAAUCAGGCAGAAUCCGGGAAAUCGUGGACGUACGUGAUGAGGGACGGUCAAAGUCGUAUCGUUGCAGGAUCGCCGCUGCGCGAAUGUGCCAAUAACAAUCAUUCUAAAUCGGGACCAAUUAUAAAGAAGCUUGCUAAUAAAUGGUCGGCUGUGACGUCAAAAAAGUCAAAUGACUCGAGGGCCGUUGCUGAUAAGACUCAGACAACGGAUCUUGAUGUCAUGGAAAAUAAUGUUUUUCGUAUGAUAGGAGACGACGAUUUAUGAGCCAAAUGAAUCUCGAAGAUUGACGUAUAAGCAUAGUGAUAAGAAAGAGUAACAGGGUAUGCCUUAUCAAAACGAUCUUCUUGAAAGAUAUAUUUUAAGAUAUUUUACAAGUGUCGUUGAAACUGUUUCCGACUUUUAAAUUAACGAUAGGAUAGCUUUCGAGACUUCGUUCGAAUGAUGCAUGUUUAGUGUCUUCUUCAGUAUGUGAUUAAGAUGCAUUUAUAUUUAUUGAUAACUUUUUUUUUUAUAAAACAUUCUUUGUACAUUUUUAUAUACCGUCCAAUUCCAAUGAUAACCAAAUCUGGUGUGACUCGGAAAUUAACUUGGACCAAAACUUUGUAUAGAUGUACAACAAAUAUGCACGGGGUACUUAAUAAUAGGAUUAGUAGCUUCCGUAUCAUUAAUCAAAGAUCAAACUGAAGAGAUCGAACGCGCAUAGUUUGUAUAAUGUUUUAUUAUUAUUAAACAAAAUGAUUGAAAAGGCAGCAUGUUAAUAUUUGCUUUUGUAAUUAUCUUAAACAAAACUAUUAAUAUCUCGCUUUAAUAUUAAAUAGCAAUCGUUCUAUAUGUCGUUACGUUCUAUUAUCAGACUACAGUUUUCGCUAAAUCAUUCACUCGGAAAACAUACUUCUGCCUUCAGUCUCUAUAUUUCAGCCAAACACUGUAAUAGAUUGUACAAUACACAGUACGAAUGUAAAAUCAUGAUGUCAUAAAACUCACGAUUAGAUAUGAAUACGAAGCCCCGUAUCGCCAAGUGGAAAAAUAAAAACGGAUUAUUACGUUGCCUUAUGAAAUAUCUAAAUAUAAACUGUCGUAUGAAAAAUGAUUGCUAGCUAAGGCUAGGUGACUGAUAAUCGUGUAGAAAAUGCAUUAGCGUACUUCUUUGUGACAUUUUUGUAUAAAUUUUUGUCCGUUUUACUCGUUUUAUCCUACAACAAAUAGCGCAGAACAUUAAUGGAAGCAGGUCAUAAAUUUAAGAAGGAAGAUUUUACAGCAGCAUAAACUGCAAAGAUAUAAAAUUUGUAAAUCUAUAAUAUUAUAAUAAGAAUGUAACUUACAAACAUUCACGUGUUCUGAUCUUUUGUAUAAAUUAUAUGGCAAAAGAAUACAAUAAAAUCAUUACAAUUUUAAUA